AAAAAAGGCAAAAAUUCCCGUUGAUCACUUCCUCUAUAAAACUUUGGAUUUAAAUGUUAUUUCAAACCCCCAAACGAGCGAAUUUUAGAUUCAAAACAAUUUGUAAAUGUAGCUUUGCAGACAGGUAUUUGAGUUGUGCGCAUCCAAAACAACUGCAACAGCUGUGAAUACACUAGAUUAUAUCUAGCACGUACACCCUUUCAAAAGCGAAAUAUUCUACAUUAAUCGAUGCCAGUUCGCUUUUUACAUCACAACUGUUUGAGAGCAGCUAAUAACUAUGCGGUGGAUUCUGUUCUUGUCUGCCAUCGGUUUGGCAUCCGCUGGAGUGCUUCCACAACCCUCGGAGUUGUUGCGCAGUUUGCACACGUUGAUGAAUGUCGACGAGUUGGGACGGACAUUCGGCGUGGACAAUUCGUCGCAAGUUGAUGAGUACGAGGUCGUCUACAUCCGCCGCCAUCGAAGUUUCAUGCCCGAAGAUCCUCUUCAACGAAACGUCAGUCCCAAAACGAAGCGGAGUGGCCCUCGUGAAAAUCACGCCCAUUAUUCGUUCGCUGCCAACGGAAAGAACUACAACCUCAAAGUGCGUCCGAAUAACUUUCUCAUGGCGCCGCGUAUGAAGACGGUGGUGAGGAGCAGCGGAGAGCAAGUCAAAGAGAUUGAGGAGGAACAUCGUCGAGAAUGUCAUUUUCUCAACAUGGAUGGCGGAAUAGUUGCGGCUCUCAGUCACUGCAAUCAAAAUGACAUUCGCGGUUACGUGAUCGAUGGAGGGAGAUCUUUGGAGAUUCUACCGAUUCCUAUGCGACUUCGUCAGAUACUCCGUUUGCCUGUUGAAAAUGACAACUCGGUUGUUGGGGCCCACAUUCUCCGUUCCGUCGACCAAUACGAACGCCUAAGAGCUCACCAGGUUGAACUCCAAAAGCUUCGUACUCAAAUGAAACCAGACAUUCCUCAAGAAACAAUCCCGGUGGAAGUUAAUCUAAUUGAUACACAGAUCGCCAUUGGCGACAAAUCUAAAACCUUUCCCGAUACAAAGGGAAAUUCCAGGAAUGACAACAAGGACAGAGCUGCGCUGAACAAAAUCAGCGAACUAUGAAUCUUUGUUGAUUACAUGGCAGUGGAUCUGUUUAUGCCGUAUUUAGGAGCCAAAAAAUAUGGGAAACUACGUGAACUGAUUCUUACCUUUGUCAAUGCGAUGCAAGCGAUGCACCAUCUGCCUAGCCUGGGCCAAAAAGUCGACUUCACAAUCGUUUAAAUGAAAUUUCAGGAAAUGGCACCAAUUAAUUUGAUCAGCAGUGGAGAUCGAGGAAAACUUCUCGAUUCCUUCUGCGCUUUUCA